GAGAAAAAGAGCAACCAACCAGAAUGAGUUGUGAAGAAGCAUCGGGCGAUAAGGCGGUUGACCAGCAUCCGAACAUGCACCAGGCCAUUGUCGGGUUGGUGGAGCAUGCCAAACGCCUGAAAAUGUUGACUGUGGACGGAAUCGGAGCGGAAUGGUCCGCAAGCGUUGGCCGCCCGACGAGCUCCGGCCAAGGCUGGCGCGGGCCUGCGCUCCCAUCUCGCUUUGUUAAACGCAAUAGGAAAUUUGAAACCAAGAUGUUGCGUCUGUUGCGGCGCUGGGAUUCUGAUCGUGAGGCUACCACAAAGCCACCAGCACCACCACCGUCCCAACAAUCGUUGGCAAACGCCCUGAAACUGACCAGCAAUAUGAUCGAAAGCUACAAAACGUCAGAGAUCCUGGUUGACAAGUUGAUUGGGGACUCGCUGUCCCUGUACAGCAACCUAGUCACCCAGACACAGAUGCAUCGCAACAUCCAGCUGAUCCAACAGCUGGAGAUAGAGACAAAUGACCGCAUCCUGGACCAGCUGCACAUCGACUUUGAUUUAGAGUACGAGUCCGGGAAUGUGCUGGCGAACCCUCGUAGCUACCUCCAGCCCUUCCAGUGCCCUUCGUGCUCCAAAGGAUUUCCAGAACAAAAGUCAGUGGGCAUCCAAACUCAGGAGCAUUAUUACUUGCCAUCGCUCCGAGGCCAGGAUGGCGCUCUCGUCGUGGCUGCCAUCGUCAAUAUGGACCAUCCUGAGGGUGACUCCAGCCAGGGCGGCAGCAACAACUCGAUGGAGGAGAUAGUCCAAGGUCUGAAGGGUAUCUCUAACUUUUGCCAGAUCAUGACCAACUAUAACGACCGUUUCAAACACAACAAAUCUGUAUUGACCUGCGGAGACGUAUCGAAGGCAGACACUCAGUUGCUCCAGGACAAAAUUCGUGUUCGGUGCCAACUCAAUAUUUACUUCUACAAAAUGAUGAUCAUAGCGGAGUCCGAGCUAAUGAACCAACUGCCACACAAAGAAGCAGCCAUUGGGACAGGCGGAGCAGGUGCCGAUGCCGGUGCCGGUGCCUGGGACGAAAGCUGUGGCGAUGGCCAGGCAAAGAUGUAAGGCCACCUGUAAUAAUAUAACCACAUCAAUAAA